AUGGCUCGCGUUGUACUCCUCGGCACGUGCGACACCAAACUUGAUGAGCUGCUCUUCUUACGCAAUGUCAUACGUGAGGCCAAAGUCGAAGUUAUGCUUGUGGACGUAGGGCGAUCGCCAACUACCCACGAAUCUAUAACAAUCCCGCAAACAGACCUCCUAAGAAGAUAUGGCAAUGGCGACGACAUUGCUAAGAAAGAGCGAGGGGAAAUGGUCGAGACGAUGGCUAAAUACGCGACAAAGGCAGUUAAGUCCUUGUAUGAUGAGAGGUUCAUCCAAGGCAUUGUUGCUGCAGGAGGCUCGGGAGGCACCUCGAUAGCGGCCACGGUGAUGAGAGACGCGCUACCUAUCGGAUUUCCAAAGCUCAUUGUUUCGACAAUUGCGAGCGGCGACACCGGACACAUAGUUGGAGAGACAGAUAUUACACUCAUGUACUCUGUCGUGGAUGUUGCAGGCUUGAACGGAGUGUUAAGAAACGUUCUCAGCAACGCUGGGGCGGCGAUAGCCGGUAUGGCUCUUGGGCGUACUGCAGGAAGCUGGCAAGCAGAAUCGGCCACUAAGAAACGCGUCGGAAUCACAAUGUUUGGAGUUACCACACCUGCGGUCGACGAAAUUCGAAAACAUCUCGAGUCAAGGUAUGAUAUCGAAACUUUUGUAUUCCAUGCAACUGGCCAUGGUGGCAAGGCCAUGGAACGACUGAUCCACGAAGGCCGAAUCGAUGCUGUGCUUGAUCUGACAACGACUGAGAUAUGCGAUUACCUUACUGGUGGCGUGAUGAGCGCUGGACCAAACCGUCUCGAGGCUGCCGCUGCAGCUGGCAUACCCAAUAUCAUAUGCGUGGGCGCAACGGACAUGACAAACUUUGGUCCCAUGGACACCGUACCGGAGCGCUACAAAGAUCGGAAAUUGUACGAACACAAUCCCGUCGUAACCCUUAUGCGAACAUCCAAGGAGGAGGCUUCUCAAGUAGGCAAGUUCAUUGUGUCAAAACUGAAAUCCUAUGCGAAGGAUCCAAACGCUGUCCAGGUGUGGUUACCAAAGGGUGGGAUUAGCAUGAUUGCAAUUCCAGGUGGGCCCUUCGCAGAUGAGUAUGCGGACAUGGCGAUGUUUCAAGUCAUUGAGGACGGACUUGCAGACAGUGGCAUUGCAGUUAUCGAAGACAGUAGGGCUGUGAAUGAUGCAGGCUUCGCACGCGACAUAGCAGAAGCCCUCGUAGCGAAGCUGAUGCCCCGUCCGAAAUUAAGUCAAUGA